UAAGAUCGCAACAUCUAGCAAUGACAGCCUAUAUUUUUCUGUUUCAUUAGUGACCACCUAGGGUGAAACUUGCACUUCAGUCUUAAAUUAUAGUAAAUGCAAUGUUUGAGCAGGCUCAUGUUAUUGAAAAAAAAAUGUAGAGUACGGCUAAAAGACAUUAUAAAGCGGGAGGCAAUGUUCAAAUUAUUAUUGUGCUGAUCUCUGACAAGUGCACGCUGUGGGAAAAUGCGUAUGAUGUAAAUACAUUCGUUUUAGUCGCUUGGGUCUGCUUCAGACAGUAACUUUAAUUGCAUUGCCACUGCGUCUGUGCGCGAAGGACUAAAGCUGCUUCUGAUUGCGGACUAAACGAAAGAAAGAAGGGGGAGGAAGGGAAUGGGUGGGGGACGGUUUGGCGACAGCUUUGUUACGUUCUUACGUCAGAUUGUGAUAUACCAAGGCAGUAACCAGAGGCGAUUCGACGUAAACAGAAAGGAAGAAUUAGAAAAAUGUCCCGUUUAUGAAUUCACAGCAUCGCAUUGAACAGCCAGCACGGAUUGUUGCGGUGCACGAUAAAAGUGAAACACCAGGCUGACUGAAUAAGGUUACGGGGGGCGUGGUCCCCGCCCCUAGUGAGACCGCCCAACCGUUGCCAAGAUGUCUGCUAGAGAUCGCUGCCCCCGCCAGCGGCCAUGGUCCAUGUACCACACCAACACCACUGACCUCUCCUCCGAGAUUCUGGGGCUCACACUGGCAGGAAACAGCCAGGAUCCUGAUGAGCCUGUGCUGGAGUUCAGCCUGGCCUGUAGUGAGCUCACAACUCCUGCUCUAGAGCGCAAACCAAACAGUUUUGUUGCCGUUAGCUGCACCACACCCCCCCAGGCUUUCUGGACCAAGCACGCCCAGACGGAGAUCACAGAGGGCACCAGUAAUCCCAUCUUCCUCAGCAGCAUCGCCUUCUUCCAGGACUCCCUCAUCAGUCAGCAGACGCAGGUCAAGCUGUCAGUCUACGAUGUCAAGGACCGCGCUCAGGGAACGAUGUACAUGCUGGGCUCUGCUGUGUUUACGGUGAAGGAACUGCUGCAGGACCCCCAGCACAGACUUCACCUGACGCUCAGGUCAGCAGACAGAGAGUGUGUGGGCAACAUCUCCAUCAUCGCCUGGGGGCUGGAAGAAAAGAGGGACCAGAGGCCUCUUCUGGCCAGACUGCCAGACACCAUCAAUGGGAAGAUGAUACUUCCUGUGGACGAGAGCCUGACAGAGUCUGUGGGAAUCAGACCUACAUACGCUUCUUUGUGCAAGGACACCCUACUUAAAUCCGUGUUCGGGGGCACUAUGUCACGCAUGUACCGCUUCCCCACCACCGAUGGGAACCACCUGCGGGUCCUGGAGCAGAUGGCGGAGAGCGUGCUGUCCCUCACCGUGCCCCGGAACUUCGUGAAACUCCUGCUGGAGGAGGACGCCGCCAGGGUCUGCGAGCUGGAGGAACUGGGCGAGUUGUCUCCGUGCUGGGAGAACCUGCGCAAACAGAUCAUCACUCAAUAUCAGACCAUCAUCCUGAACUACCAGGAGACCAUCCAUAACCUACAUGAGUACAAGGGACCCUCCUUCAAAGCCAGCAACCUGAAGGCCGAGAAGAAGCUGGAGUUCAUUCCCACUAACCUCCAUGUGCAAAGAAUGAGGGUGCAGGAUGAGUCGGGUUCGGAUCACACGUACGACGUGGUGACCAUCGGGGCCCCUGCGGCCCACUGCCAGGGCUUCAAGCACAGCGGCCUGCGGAGGAUCAUCAACAAGUUUGAGGAGGCCAGGCGGCACUUUUAUGAGGAGGGUUGCAGUGCGAUGGCCGGAUCCCAGUCCAUGGUGUACAUUCCGCAGGACAUCGUCCGCGCCAAGGAGAUCAUCGCGCACAUCAACACGCUAAAGACGCAGGUCAGCUACUAUGCUGAGCGACUUUCCCGCGCUGCCAAGGAGCGCUCCGCCAACGGCCUGGAGAGGACCCUGGCCAUCCUGGCUGAUAAGACCCGGCAGCUGGUCACAGUGUGUGACUGCAAGCUUCUGGCAUCCGCCAUCCAGGCGCUGAACGCAGCCCGGCCAGAGUACAUCGCCUCCAAGGCCUCGCCGACCGGCGCCGAACCCGAGCAGGUGGUUCUGCGCAACGACCAGGACACGUUACUGGCCAAGUGGGCAGGACGGACCAGUCGCACCUCGCUGCAUGUCAAUUGGCAUGAGGAGGAAUGGGAGAAGGUGUGGCUAAAUGUGGACAAGAGCCUGGAGUGUAUCAUCCAGCGUGUGGACAAGCUCCUGCAGAGGGAGCGACUGAGGAGUGACAGCAGUGAGGAGGUCUUCCAGGGUGAACAGUCAGGUGGUGCCAGCAAGACAGGUAACCAGAGGCCAUGCGUGUUCUGGAUUAACCCUGGCAGCAUGGAGGAAUCAUCUCAGGAGUCACCAUCACUGCCAUCUUCCACAUCAGCCCCUCCUCCACCCUCCAUGCCGAGUGCCGCAUGCCAAAUCAGUCAUGGCAGCCCCAAUGCAGAAGAAGCCACCCCAGGCCAGUGGAGCGACGCCCUCUACCCACUGCUCACCACACUGACAGAGUGUGUGGCCAUGAUGAGCGACAAGGCCAAGAAAUCCAUGGUGUUUCUGCUGAUGCAGGACAGCGCCCCCACCAUCGCCACGGCGCUCAGCCUGCAGUACCGCCGCGAUGUGGUCUUCUGCCAGACGCUAACGGCUCUCAUAUGCGGUUUCAUCAUCAAACUGAGGAACUGUCUCCGUGACGACGGCUUUCUGCGGCAGCUUUACACCAUCGGCCUGCUGGCGCAAUUCGAAAGCCUGCUGAGUACCUACGGAGAAGAGCUGGCCAUGUUGGAGGACAUGAAUGUGGGGGUCAUGGACCUGAGAAACGUCACCUUCAAGGUGACGCCGGCCACCUCGAUGUCCAGCCCCGACAUGCUUCCCGUCAUCACCGGGAACCGCGACGGCUUCAAUGUGCGCGUCCCUCUGCCGGGGACCGUCUUCGACGCGCUGCCACGGGAGAUCCAGAGCGGGAUGCUGCUGCGCGUGCAGCCGGUGCUCUUCAACGUGGGCAUCAACGAGCAGCAGACGCUGGCCGAGAAGUUCGGAGACACGUCUCUGCAGGAGAUUGUCAACACUGAGAGUUUGACUCGACUAAGUUCUUACUACGAGCAGUUUAAGGAAGUUUUACCUGAAGACUGUCUUCCUCGGUCUCGUAGCCAGACCUGCUUGCCAGAAUUGCUGCGGUUCCUGGGUCAGAACGUCAGCGUCAGAAAGAACAAGAAUGUGGACAUAUUGUGGCAGGCCGCUGAGAUCUGCCGGCGGCUGAACGGCGUGCGCUUCACCAGCUGCAAGAGCGCCAAAGACCGCACAGCCAUGUCGGUGACGCUGGAGCAGUGCCUGAUCCUGCAGCACGAGCACGGCAUGGCGCCGCAGGUCUUCGCACAGGUCCUGGACUGCAUGCGUAGCGAGGGCUGUCGACGGGAGAACACUGUGAAGAACGUGGGAUGUCGCAAGUAUGCUUUUAACUCUCUGCAGUUAAAAGCCUUCCCAAAACAUUACAGAGCUCCGGAAGGGACUUAUGGCAAGGUGGACACCUGAUAGGGCAGCCGACCAACAGGGCCAGGAAUGAAUCAAACCUGCAGCAAAGAUGACCAUCCAUCCUUUGGGAGUCACUGAUCAUAGGGGAAGUGGGAGACGUAUAUGUAGGACAAAACAUAAUCUGCUUUCAAGGUGUCAUCUAGCAUUUCAUUUGUGAGCCCUGUAAGCUCUCAUGGGAGUUUUACUUACACAAAAAUCAGAUUGUUCAGGAGGUGGGUCCAAGCAUCUAGAGGAGGCGGAACCAACCAAUUAGAUAUUUUGGUCCUACCUCCUCGACAAUCUGAUUGGUUAUCUCUCUGAACCAAUCAUUUUUCAUUCUACUCUCAAAACAAUUUUGUGUAAGUAAAUCUCCCACGAGCCCUGUAACUAUGGCUAAGGCACGUCACAGUAGACUUUAGCCUUCACACGCAGCUUUGGGUUGUUUUUUCCACUUAAUGAGGGAGCAUGGUUCAUAGCAAAAUGCUAAGUGCUAAAAGCUGCUAUGGGGAAGGCCAGCAGCGUGACAUCUGAGUGCCAUUCCUCAGUACUAUAGUGACUGUCACUUCCACCUUUUCACUGCGGUGCACCUAAUUGGCCAGGGCCACACAAGUGACUAGAUAAUUAGCUGACAAAACAAAUCCAAAAUUCCUCUACAGGGCAUUUUGGUGGCCAAAAUAUUUUCAAACAAAUUUCCAUAGAUUUGUUUUCCUGCAAAUUUUAAAUAUGUUAUAUCACAAGUAAAUAAUUAAUGGGGAUUUCUAAUGGGAAUUUGUUUUUAAAAUCUCUUUUGCACGGUUCGCAGCCAAAAUAAGUGUGCAAAGAGUGAAGUCUCGCUGAUCAGCUGUGUGCACGCUUCAUGAAGGGGUCCGAGGGGUGACGUAGGGACUCUGGGGGGGGGGUAUGAAAAUGGUGUCACAGCCCAGUGCGGCUCCAUCUGUCGCGCAGCGAUAUCUGUGAUUCCUGGAAACCCGGCAACUCAUCCUACUUGCUGCUCAGUCGGCUGUUACUAAUUGUACCCCCCCCACCCCCACCCAUCCCAUCAGUGACCAUGUUAGCCAGGGCUGCUUCUCGGGCUUUAUUUUGGUUUACAGAACUGAGCAUUGCCCCAAACAUCCCCUUUCAGAGUCAUUACAUCUCAGGAGGGGGCUUUACUGAGAUGUGGACACACAAACCACCCCCGCCCCCCAUUUAACUGAGAUUUACAGUCUCUUAGCGAAACAGGAUUCCCUACAGUCAUUCACUCAGCCUGGGUACUGCCCCCCCAUGCUGUCUGCCUGCUUUGUUUUCCCUGCCAGGCUGCUUCAGCCCAUGCCAACCCCCCCCCCCACACACACCACCCACACCCUAAGCUUCACACUUGUUGACCCUCCCUGGUUCACAAACCCCCCCCCCCCAAAAAUCCUUUGGUACCCAAAGACAAAACAUGGCUAAAGUAAUCAAUCAAAGCUCUUGUUGAUCUCUGCUGGUCUCCAUAUAUGGUCUUCCUGUGCCUUUUGUCAAUGUUGCGCCCAGGAGGUGAGAGUGCUCUAACACUCCCAUCUGCCCCCGCGGCCCAGGCUCCUUCCACCCGCACUGCUCCUCUCUUUUGAAGUAACCAUGCUACACGCUAAAUGCUAUUCUUUGUAAGCAAACGUGUCUAUGUCCCAUUUCUGCCAGGCUGUGGGCACAAAUCAAUAACAACGCUGAAAAAUGUGUUUUUACUGGGAGUGCGCUUGUGAGUUUUUUUUAGAGGAAAUAGUGUCAUUUUGUAAACCUUUGCAAAGAUGCAUUUUUGCAGGGGGACCUGUCUUAAGUGUGCCUGUGGUUAGUGGCCAUCAAGCCCCAUGGCCUGAGAAACGCUCUUCUGCUCUGCUACCUUACCUCAGUCUAUAAGAUGGCUGGGAUUCGCUAGCUGGAAAACUCAGCUGUACCUCCAGCAAACAUUGGCCAGUGGCAAUGUUUGUUCACAAUGGAUUUGAACCUCGAACCUGUCAGUCAUUUGAAUCAUCCAAUGAAAGAGUGGCAUGGUUCCCACCUGUCUGGAAAUGAUGUCACAGCCAGACACCUAUACGGCAGAUAAGCAGAUUGACUGAGAGCUAAAUACAGGUUGGGUUUGACAGGCUCACAAAUCAAUGGGCACAACUAAGGAAAAAAUAAACAUUUUGUUCUUUGCUGAGAACUGAUCUGUCUUUCGCCUUCGCUCUUGCUAAAGAAUUUCAGGGAUGCAUGAAAAAGAGGAAUAUUCCAGUAAGAACCAGCAUCUUGUAUCGUCUGUCCUUUAUGGAUCAGCCUGUGAGCUUUAUUGUUACAGGAAGGAGCUUUAAUACCGGCAAAACUUUCAUCAGAUAUACAUCAAAUGAUUUUUGACUAUAUAUCACACCAGAAAACGGAUUCAAAUCUAUCAUAAAUGACAUACUGGAGGUGCUGUUGUCUAAAAGCAUGUAGCAGCACGCCACGCAACCCUGUAAACCAAUGUAGAGAUCUAGCCGCUAGAACUGUGAAAUGCCGUUUAUGUUUUAUUACUUCGCUGUGUACACUGUUCUGCUAUAGCACCAUGUUCUCUUCUGUGUUCCAUGUGCAUUUUUAUUCUCCUGUCAUCACCUUAACGUUCUGCCUUUACGUUUGAACAUAAACUCUGUGUAAUUUAAUGAUAUAAUUUACAACAAUACCACCUGCUAUAGAGAAUGUGCUGGAUUUUUUUUGUAUUUAUUUUGGUUCACAGAACAACUCCCUAUCUAUGCUGUAAUAUGUGCACCUUCCCUAACUCUUUCCACAAAAAAGUAUUAUCUAAUAAAAGGAUUUCAUUGAUA